CCAGGCUCGGCCCAGAUGGAGUUUCUGCAAACCAUGUAUGCUCACAGUGCACAGGAGGGGCCGCUUCACCUCAAACGGCCCAUCUUGGGGCUCUUGGCUGUCGGGUGGAUGAGUCAGGGUCCCCCCCUGCUCUUGAAGGGCCUGCUGGACAGAGUGGGGUUUGCCAGCUGUUGCUGGGUGCUGUCGUCUUGUGGCGAGGGUCCCCUCAAGGCCGGCAGCUCACUGCCCUCUCCCCUUGCAGAUGUGGACGAGUGUGAGGCUGCCAAUGGGGGCUGCGAGGGCCGGUGCUGCAACACCAUUGGGGGCUUCUACUGCCAGUGCCCCUCUGGCCACCAGCUCCAGGGGGACGGCAAGACCUGCCAAGAUGUGGAUGAGUGCCAGGCGCACAACGGCGGCUGCCAGCACAGGUGUGUGAACACCCCAGGCUCCUACCUCUGCGAGUGCAGGCCUGGCUUCCGGCUCCACACUGAUGGCAGGACCUGCCUGGCCAUCAACUCCUGUGCCCUGGGCAAUGGCGGCUGCCAGCAUGACUGCAUCCAGCUCACGGUGAUGAGGCAUCGCUGCCAGUGCCGGCCCGAGUACCAGCUCCAGGAGGACGGCAAGCGCUGCGUCCGGAGAAGUCCGUGUGCCGACCGAAAUGGCGGCUGCAUGCAUACCUGCCAGGACCGCCGGGGCCUCGCCCACUGCCAGUGCCACACUGGCUACCGGUUGGCUGAGGACCGCAAGGCCUGUGAAGAUGUGGACGAGUGUACUACCGGGCAGGCCCAGUGUGCCCAUGGCUGCCUCAAUACGCAAGGAUCCUUCAAGUGCGUGUGCCAUGCGGGCUAUGAGCUGGGCGCUGAUGGCCAGCAGUGUUACCGCAUCGAGAUGGAAAUUGUCAACAGCUGUGAGGCCAACAAUGGCGGUUGCUCCCAUGGCUGCAGCCACAGCAGCUCAGGGCCCGUCUGCACCUGCCCCCCUGGCUACGAGCUGGACACGGACCAGAGGACGUGCAUUGACGUGGACGACUGUGUGGACUCACCAUGCUGCCAGCAGGUCUGCACCAACACUCCUGGUGGGUAUGAGUGUGGCUGCUACGCGGGCUACCGGCUCAGCGCUGACGGCUGUGGCUGUGAGGACGUGGACGAGUGUGCCUCCGGCCACAGCGGCUGUGAGCACCACUGUGCCAACCUGGCCGGCUCCUUCGAGUGCUCCUGCGUGGCAGGCUUCCGGCUGCUGGAGGACCGCAGGGGCUGCGCCCCACUGGAGGAACUGGCGGUGGACCUGGACGGUCAGCUGCCCUUUGUGCGCCCCCUGCCCCACAUCGCGGUGCUGCGGGACGAGCUGACCCAGCUCUUCCAGGACGAGGAGGACGGCUUGGCUGACGAGGAGGAGACGGAGGCACGGAGCGAGCACAAGUUGGCCGAGAAGUUCGUCUGUCUGGACAACUCCUUCGGCCACGACUGCAGCCUGACCUGCGAUGACUGCAGCAAUGGGGGUACCUGCCUGCCAGGCCUGGACGGCUGCGACUGCCCUGAGGGCUGGACUGGACUUGUCUGCAACCAGACGUGUCCUCCAGACACCUUUGGGAAGAACUGUAGCUCCUCCUGCAGCUGUCAGAAUGGCGGGACCUGCGACCCUGUGAUGGGGGCCUGCCGCUGCCCCCCAGGCGUCAGUGGAGCCCACUGUGAGGAUGGCUGCCCCAAGGGCUUCUAUGGCAAGCAUUGCCGCAAGAGGUGCCACUGCCCCAACCGAGGCCGCUGCCACCGUGUCUACGGGGCCUGCCUCUGCGACCCAGGGCUCUACGGCCGCUUCUGCCACCUGGCCUGCCCCCCAUGGGCCUUUGGACCGGGCUGCUCGGAAGAGUGCCGCUGUGAGCAGCGGAACACGCAGGCAUGUGACCGGAGGGACGGCAGCUGUGCCUGCAAGCCGGGCUUCUGGGGAGAAUGGUGCCAGCAUGAGUGCCAGCUGGGUUUUUUUGGGCCGGGGUGCCAGCAGGCGUGCACCUGCCCACCAGGUGUGGACUGCGAUCCCAAGAGUGGUGAGUGUCAGAAUCAGUGUCCCGCCGGCUACCAGGGCAAGGACUGUGACCAAGAGUGCCCCAGGGGGACGUUUGGUGUGAACUGCUCCGUCUCCUGCUCCUGUGGGGAGGCCCCCUGUGACCGGGUCACGGGGCAGUGCCUGUGCCCGCCAGGGAGGACUGGGGAUGACUGUGGGGCAGAGUGUCCCGAGGGCCGCUGGGGACUCGGCUGCCAGGAGAUCUGCCCCGAGUGUGACCAUGGUGCCAGCUGUGACCCUGAGACAGGAGCCUGCUUGUGCCCACCCGGCUAUGUGGGUAGCCGCUGUCAGGAUGUGUGCCCAGCAGGCUGGUUUGGGCCUGGCUGCCAGGCCAGGUGCUCCUGUGCCAACUCGGGGCACUGCCACCCAGCGACCGGGCAGUGCAGCUGCACCCCGGGGUGGACGGGCCUUGACUGCCGCAGAGCCUGUGACGGGGGGCACUGGGGGCCUGACUGCAGGCACCUCUGCAACUGUAGUGCUGGGCGUGGGAGCUGCGAGGCUGCCAGCGGCCGCUGCCUGUGCGAGCCUGGCUACGUGGGCCCACGCUGCGAGCGCCGGUGUCCCCAGGGCCACUUUGGACCAGGCUGUGGGCAGCAGUGUCGGUGUGAGCAUGGCGCGGACUGUGACCACGUCAGUGGGGCCUGCACCUGUGCGGCUGGCUGGAGGGGCACCUUCUGCGAGCGUGCCUGCCCUGCCGGCUUCUUUGGCGUGGACUGCCUCAGGGCCUGUGACUGCGUUGGUGGAGCCCCCUGUGAUGCCGUGAGUGGGGCCUGUGUCUGCCCAGCGGGCCGGCGUGGCCCCCGUUGUGAUCAGGCCUGCCCUGCCCAAACCUACGGGCUCAACUGCAGCCAGACUUGCAUCUGUGCCAACGGGGCGACCUGUGACCCAGUGCUUGGGUGGUGCCGCUGCACCCCAGGCUGGAUGGGGCCCACCUGCCUGCAGGCCUGCCCUGCAGGGCUAUAUGGCGUGGACUGCCAGCACCCCUGCGUCUGCCAGAAUGGAGGCACCUGUGACCCUGUCUCAGGCCACUGCUUAUGCCCAGAGGGCUGGGCUGGCUUGGCCUGUGAGCAGGAAUGUCUCCCCGGCCACUUUGGGGCCAGCUGCCAGCACAGCUGUGACUGCCUCAAUGGGGGUUUCUGCAACCCCCGAACAGAUGCCUGCCUCUGCCCGGCCGGCUGGGGCGGGGACAGGUGCCAGAGCCCCUGCACCGAGGGCACCUUUGGGGCUGGCUGUCAGGAGCAGUGCGCUUGCCGGCAGGGAGCCCCCUGCCACCGUGUCACUGGCACCUGCCUCUGCCCCCCAGGAUGGAGGGGUGCGAGGUGUGAGAGUGCCUGCCCACCUGGCUGGUUUGGAGAGGCCUGUGCCCAGCGCUGCCACUGCUCACCGGGCACCGCCUGCCACCACGUCACUGGGGAAUGUGGCUGCCCCCCUGGCUUCACUGGGCCUGGCUGUGAGCAGGCCUGCCCACCUGGCACCUUUGGAAAAGACUGUACCCAGAGAUGCCAGUGUCCCAGUGAGAACCAGUCCUGUGAUCCCACCAUGGGGACCUGCGUGUGUGCAGCUGGUUACCACGGCAGCAGCUGUCAGCAGCGCUGCCCACCCGGGCGGUUUGGGCCUGGCUGUGAGCAGCAGUGUGUGUGCCACAAUGGUGGCUCCUGUGACGCGGCCACAGGCGCCUGCCACUGCCCCGCUGGAUUUCUGGGGGCCAACUGCAGCCUUACCUGCCCGCAGGGCCAUUUUGGCCCCAACUGUGUCCGUGCAUGUGAGUGUCGGGGGGGAGCGGCCUGUGACCCUGUGACGGGCACCUGCACCUGCCCCCCCGGGAGAACCGGCGCCCACUGUGAGCAUGGCUGCCCCAAGAACCAGUUUGGCAUGGGCUGUAAGGGUGCGUGCCUCUGCAGAAAUGGGGGUCUGUGCCACCCUGCCAAUGGCAGCUGUACCUGCAGCCUAGGCUGGACGGGGCCACACUGUGAGCAGGCCUGCCCACCUGGGCGCUAUGGUGCCGCCUGCCACCUGGAGUGUUCCUGUCACAAUGGCGCGACCUGCGAGCCUACCACUGGGGCCUGCCACUGUGGCCCCGGCUUCUAUGGCCCGGCCUGCGAGCACCCCUGUCCCCCCGGCUUCCACGGGGCUGGCUGCCGGGGGGUAUGCCAGUGUCAGCAUGGAGCCCCCUGCCACCCCGUCACCGGCCAGUGCCUCUGCCCCGCGGGCUUCCAGGGCCAGUCCUGUCAGCAGGGGUGUGAGCGGGGCUUCUUUGGAGAGGGCUGCCGGCAGCAGUGUGCCUGUGAGGGGGGAGCACCCUGUGACCCUGUCACCGGCCUCUGCCUCUGCCCGCCGGGGCGCACGGGAACCACCUGUGACCUCGAAUGCAGAGGGGGGCGCUUUGGGCCCGGUUGCGCCUUGCGCUGUGAUUGUGGGGGUGGGGCCGACUGCGAUCCCGUCAGCGGGCAGUGCCACUGUGUGGAUGGCUACACGGGGCCCACGUGCCGAGAAGCAGGUGGGCACCCCCAGCUUCUGGAGAGCCUGUCCUCAGCCCUGGGCCCAGCAGCCACACACCCAGCCUCCCACAGCCCGUCAUCCAGGCCCAGCGACAGGGCAGCAGUGGACCAGUAGUUCUGAGGCAGCACUGGCUGAGACCCCACCUCCCACAUUCUGGCCGCGGGGACCCAGGGGCUUUGGUGAUGGCUGAGGGUGCUCCAUGAACCCAGGACUCCGGCCCCGGCCUCAGGGGCACAAGCACCUUCUCUCCGGAGGACUGUGGACAGAUGUGGCUGCCUGCUUCAAGGAGGGCUACCCAUCGGGGGAGGGGGCCCCACCUGGCCUGGGUCCAGCAAGUGGACAGGCCUCUGACCACACCAGGUGCUCUACAUGCCAGUGCUGAGGAAGCCCUGUCCUGCCCAGCCCCGCCCCGCCUGCCCUGGCCCUGGUCAGGACGAAAGGCAGCUGCCCUGGUCAGGACUGAAGGCAGCUGUGGGGGCAGGUGUGGCCCUGCCAUCAGAGCAGGUUCAGCUGGUGCUAGGCCUGGGACUGCUGCAGCUCGGCCGGACGUUUACCUGGAAAUAUAGCCCACCCCGUAUUUAUGUAAAGGUAUUUAUGGGCACCGGUACCUGCCCUCUGUGCCCCUGGAAGGUUGCCCAGUCUCCUGGCCCAGCCCAGGAAGCCCUGACUCAGGACUGCAGGCCCUGGGGUCUCCAGGUGACCAGCUUGGCUACCGUGUAAAACUCACCAAGUUAAAGGAGCAACAGCUUC